AUGUUGGUAAAUGUAGAAAAAUUGACCAAAAUCUCUGAAUUACGAAAAAGACAUAAAAGGUCAACUGAAGUCAAAGAUCAAUGCAUAAUAAUGGAAGAUAAUGGAAAAUGGACUGUAUCAUCUACUUUUGGUGCAGACACAUAUCAUAUAAAACCAUCUACUACUAAUUUUCUAUGCAACUGCAACAUAAAAUGUACCGAUUGUAUCCAUUCUUAUCGUUGUUCUUGUCCAGACUCUUCAAUUAAAUCACUUUCGUGGAAUAUGUGCACAUAUACAUGUAAACAUGUUCAUUUGUUAAGGAUGUCUCCCAAAGGAAAACUUAGUACAAUUGAAGAAAGAGAAGAUAUUGGUCACAUGGUAAUUGAUUGUGAUUCCAGAAAAGCGGAGGAAAAUAUUAUAUUAAAAAAAAAACGAAAAAAUGCUGUAGAAAAUACAAAUCAGUUAAGUGAAGAUUCAGGAAGGGUGCGGGAAAAGGAAAAUGAGCCUAAAAGGAAAUUCAUCCCAACGAAGAAAAAAAUCUACAAAAAAAUUGUAAAAACCAUCUAG